GCACGAGCCGCUGAUAAGCUCUCAGCGCAGGCCACUCAGAGGGCUCACAUUCCCGAGGUAAGUCUAUCUCCAUGGCCCCCAUCCAACACCCUAAAAAAAGACGGGGCCAUUAGAGGCGCGGUGGCCCAACCCUUUCCCCCCCUUCCAGUCUCCUCUGGCAGCACUAGAUGAACAAGGACUCUCUCAUCUGUCACCAGUAGUCCAUCCCUGAUCUCAAAGAAUCUUACAGAGGAUGAGUCAGUGAGCAGAAGGAGAGUCAAGCAGGAACGCCAGAGCAGCUUAAGUAGAAGAAGAAGAAGCUCUGAAGAAAGAAGCUCAGAGUCCAAAGACAAGCCCAGAACCAUGAGUACCUUGGGGUACCGCAGGGAGAUGAAGAGAAACGAGGACGUGGAUGAAGACGAGCUGUUGGCCACUCUUUCCAUCGAGGAGCUCCAGGAGCUGGAGAGGGAGCUGGCCGUGCUGGAUGAUAACAUCCCGAUCGGCCUGAGGCAGAAAGACCACACUGCCAAAACACCCACAGGGACCUUUGACAGGGACUCUCUGCUGAAGUACUGGGAGGACGAGAACAAGAACCUGGUGAAGGAUGACAGGAUGCAGUCCAAUCUGGGACAGGAGGGACGCCCGGAUAACAUCAUGGAGGAGCGGGCGCCGGUUUCCACCAGCAUGAAGAGCCGGACGCUUGACGGUGACAGGAAGAAGACGUCACAGAAGGGGAAGAAGGCGCCGGGCGUUGGUGGUAAAAACGACGUGAAGGAGAACGAAAAGACUGACGUGUGUAAGAAGGAGGCUCAGAUCAGGAGUAAGUGUCCUCCAAAGAAUGCUGCGCCGAAAGCCUGGAGGGGUGACUCAAACAGGACUGAAACCACAAACCAAAACCUGAAGGAAGACCCUGACAGACCGAGCGGGAACCCGACCAUCAUUGAUAAAACUCUAGAGCAGAUCCUGAGCGACGAUCCCGCAGUGAGCGAAGUCAACCUCAACAACAUCGAAGAUAUUUCCCAAGAGACCUUGCUGCGUUUUGCAGAAGCCCUGUGCGUAAACACCCACGUCCACGUCUUCAGCCUCGCCAACACCCACGCAGACGACCGCGUCGCCUUCGCGGUCUCCAAGAUGCUCACGGCGAACCGCAGCAUCAAAAACCUGAACAUUGAGUCCAACUUCGUGUCCGGUCAGGGCAUCCUGGCUCUGCUGGCGGCGCUUCAGCGCAACAGGACUCUGGUGGAGCUUCGCUUCCACAACCAGAGGCACAUCUGUGGCGGGAAGGUGGAGAUGGAGAUGGUGCAGCUGCUGAGGGAGAACACCACUCUGCUCAAGCUCGGGUACCAGUUUGACCUCCCGGGCCCGAGGAUGACGGUGACCAGCAUCCUGACGCGCAACCAGGACCAACAGCGACAGAAAAGGCUCCAGCAGAAGAAGGACCAAAGUCCUCCCGAGGCGUCAGAGCAAGGUCCCGGUUCAUCUGCAGAAAACAAACCCCCGAAGAAGCCUUCGCAGUCCUUUAAGAAGGUCGAGCAUGAGAACAGGAACCCUCCACCCUCAGACCCGCCCACGAGAAAGAUCGCUGAAAUGGUCAAACAGCACGAAGGCUCCAACGUCACGAAGACUCAGUCGCACCAGAAGAAACCCAAAUCAAAGAAGCUUAAGAACGGCGCAAACGAAAAGGAGAGCGCGGAUAUUCUCAAAGACCUGAAGAACUCCUUGAAGCCGUCGGUCCAGAAGAGACGAGACGAGCCGUCGCGCCUGCCACAGCUGCAGAGGUCGGGCCGUGACGACCUGAUGGCCGCCAUCCGGGGGAGCAGCAUCAUGUCCUUAAAAAGGGUGGAUCCAUCGCUGGCCUGAACUCACCUGACCUGUUCUCACUUUGUAUUCAAGUCUCACAUUUUUUAAAUUCACACAAACUGUCACUUUUUAAAAAGCAUCUUAUUUAAUUUGCACAAACUGUAGCAGCAGACUGUGAUUCCUUUUGUCUUUUCACAUUUCACUUGAGCAUUUUGUUACGGUGUGAAGAAGGGAUUGAUGAAACUGCAAAUGAAUAAAGUUACCUUCUGACUUUCC